UCAUUUUGUAGCUUUAAACACAGUAAAGUAAAGACAAGAGAUGAAUUGGAAUCAGGCCUGAAAAACGCUAGGCUUUGUUCAACCUAAUGGGCCGUAAAGUAUUGGGUCACAGUUAUUCCGUUCAGACAUAAAAUCACUACUCUUUAACCCUAACCGGGGAGAUUCUGACUAUUAAAGCCAAUUCUGAUCUUGUCGUCUCCUCCGCAAGCUGAAGGCGGAAACAACACACAAGAGAAACCCAAGAUUCGAAACCAUGUCGAGGAGAAAGACAAGAGAGCCAAAGGAGGAGACAGUGACACUUGGGCCAGCUGUUCGUGACGGAGAGCAAGUCUUUGGUGUUGUCCACAUCUUUGCUUCUUUCAACGACACUUUCAUUCAUGUGACUGAUUUGUCUGGACGGGAAACACUUGUUCGUAUCACUGGUGGUAUGAAGGUGAAAGCCGAUAGAGAUGAGUCCUCACCUUAUGCUGCUAUGCUUGCUGCUCAAGAUGUCGCUCAGCGUUGCAAGGAACUUGGUAUCACAGCCAUGCAUGUGAAGCUCCGUGCCACUGGUGGUAACAAGACCAAGACCCCUGGCCCUGGUGCUCAGUCUGCACUCAGAGCCCUUGCCCGUUCUGGCAUGAAAAUUGGUCGCAUUGAGGAUGUGACCCCAGUCCCAACAGACAGUACCCGCAGAAAGGGUGGAAGAAGGGGAAGGAGGCUUUGAGUACUUUCUGGCCUCAGGUGGAAGAUCCUAUAUGGGCUGGGCUCAUCCCUAUGUGUUUCAUUUUGUUUUGUUUGGUACAUUGAAAAAGAGUUUUUGAUUACUAUAUGCGGCGCUGUUGUUGUAAACUCUUUACAUAUUUAUGUUCCUCCUACAUGAACAUCAAAU